AUGGAGAACAGAACAAAGGUGGCAGAGUUCAUCCUGCUGGGACUGACCAGUGACCCCAACCUGCAGGUCCCUCUCUUUAUCAUCUUCCUCAUCGUCUACAUCAUCACGCUGGUUGGGAAUCUGGGGCUGGUCCUCCUGAUUCUCUUGGACUCUCGUCUCCACACCCCCAUGUACUUCUUCCUUGGUAAUCUCUCUCUGGUGGACUUUUGCUACUCUUCAGCUGUCACUCCUAAGGUCAUGGCUGAGCUCCUUAUGGGAGACAAGGUCAUCUCCUACAAUGCUUGUGCUGCUCAGAUGUUCUUUUUUGCAGGCUUUACUACUGUGGAAAAUUACCUGUUGGCCUCCAUGGCCUACGAUCGCUACGCAGCAGUGUGUAAGCCCCUCUAUUACACCACCACCAUGACAACGAAUGUGUGUUUGUGUCAGAUCACAGGCUCUUACGCCAUUGGUUUCCUGAAUGCUUCCAUCCACAUUGGGGACACAUUCAACCUCUCCUUCUGUCAAUCUAAUGUGGUCCAUCAUUUUUUCUGUGAUAUCCCAGCAGUCAUGGUUCUCUCUUGCUCUGAUAGACGGGUUAGUGAGCUAGUCCUUGUUUAUAUAGUGAGUUUCCAUAUCUUUUUUGCUCUCAUCAUUAUUUGGAUAUCCUACAUCUUUAUCUUUCUCACCAUCCUAAGAAUGCACUCAACAACAGGACAUCAGAAGGCUUUGUCCACCUGCGCCUCCCACUUCACUGCAGUCUCCAUCUUCUAUGGAACGAGUAUAUUUAUGUAUGUGCAGCCCAGUUCCAAUCAUUCUAUGGACACUGCCAAAAUCUCAUCUGUGUUUUACACGAUGAUCAUUCCCAUGCUGAAUCCUGUAGUCUACAGCCUGAGGAACAAGGAGGUCAACAACGCAUUCAGAAAGAUUUUGUUGAAGGGAAAAUAG